AAUGCUGGAGUGAGAUGCUGGAGGACAGCAGGUCUGGGGCGGGAGGCUGUCCCCCUUGGCCAGACUUGUCUGCAGCUGGUCCCCCAGCACUGCUGGGGGUGCCUGGCAUGAAGCGGGUGCCCCGUGCUCUGGGCACAGGCAGUGGCACAUCGCUGCUGGGUGGUGACAGUGCCAAGCUAUGGCUGGGUGGUGACAGUGCCAAGCCAUGGCUGGGUGCUGGCAGAGGGGUGAAGAGCCUGAUGCUCCCAGCAGUGCCCUGGUCUGUGGCUGGGUCGGGGGGGAGCUGGGCUGGGGCAGACUGCUCUGCUCACCUUCGCACCAGGCUUGCACGCCAACCCAGAUGGGUUGUAGGUGCUGGACUCUGAACGCAGGACCCGUCUGGGUGGCUGCGCAGAUCAGCGGUGCUAAUCUACCCCAUCCACCAGGAACCAGCCUGUCAGGGAGGACGUCAUUGGUACCAACAGCUCGCUGUGGUUAGCUUCCCCUGGCCCUGCAUUGGAAGGACCGGUCCUGCUGUAGGUACAAACCUCCCUCGACUGGGUGCUGAGUUCUGGAAAGCUCCAGCCUUGAGCAACCGCCUCUGCAUGGACCUGCCAGCCUCCCCCAGCGCAGCGGUGGUGCAGGUGAGGCUGCAGAAAGUUUGUACUUCCUCUGCUGUGGCACGGGGAGUUGGUUUCUAGAGGGAGCAAGGUGGGGAAGCGUUGCUGGAGGGCCUGAGCUCUGUCUGGGUGGGCUGCAGCUGCCAUGUGUGGGAAAUGAGGGACCUGCUGGCCUGGCUGUUCCCCCGUGGCUGCUGGGACAGGGGCAGAGUCCCCCGUGGCUGGCAGCUUUGCACACAGACUGCUUAGGACCCCUCCACUAUAAGAGGAUCCAGUGUCCCCCUAGUCCUGUUCUCGCUCACCCCUACCACCAUGGCAUUGUGUGAAUGCUGGUGAUGUACCCGGAGAGGUUUGUUGUGCUGCAGCAGCACCCUCUCCGUGUCCCCUGCCUGCGGCUGGCAGCUGCCUCCUCACGGCUGCUGUUAGCCCAUGUCCUGCCAGAAAACACAGCACCCAGAGGCGCUUCCCCCUGGUUGUGCCAACUCCUUGUUAGGUAAAGCAGCUGCGAGAAUACACAGGUUGCCACAAAUGCUGAAUCUCCAAAAUGCAGCAGCUUGCUCGUGCCCCACAGCAGAGCACGAAACCUUGGCCGCAUCUGGCAGCACAGGGGUCUGUGGGGUGCAAACCCACACAUGCAGCCCCUAUAUCCCCCCCCAUGCCGGCCCUGCUCUGCCCUACGGCCCACCCUGUGCUGGGUGACUCCUCACCUUCCUUCCCUUUCCCAAGAGGGAGCAGAUGAGCCUCAGCACCCAGGAGCAGGGCAGGCCACCAGGACACAGCAGGGCUGCCUCAGCUGGGCCCCUGCCAGCCCAGCACCCCAUGCCAGGCAGCUGCUCUUGUUUCCAUGGGUGAAGCACCUGCACCAGCAGCUCCAGCGCCUCCUCCCACCGCCUUCCCAGGGACCAGCAGGAUUUGUGCAAAGUCAUUGAGUUGUCUGGCACUUUCCCUUUCUUCCCGCUGCCUCUCCUCACUGUCCCCCCACCCCCCACUACCUCCCAUCUCCAUGGUCCCUUUCCAGAGCAUCGUGCUUACCCCUGUCUUGGGUGAGCAGGGGGUGGGAUGCUGCAAAGAGCAUUUUUGCCCUGGGCACGUGGCCAUGUACCCUGGGAGGUUUUGCUGUCCCUCAGUGCAUUACAGAGGGUUUCAAGAGGGAACACUCACCCUCACGGGCUGCAGCCUGUGGCUCUGCAGACGAGACGUGCCCUGGGAGCUGCUUACCACGGCAGCGUGACCCACCAUCCCGUAGUACAACCUGCACAGGCUGUGUUGCAAAAUCGAUGCUUUUUAUAACAAAUCAUGCAAGAAAUGGGGCCAGCAAAGAUGAUGUGAAAUGGCUUAUUCCAAAGGUGCUCAUACCCAUGCUAUCAGUCCUGCCCCAGCCUGGUGCAAAAAUAAAAGGGUAUGCGGCCAUGAUUUGUAGCUGAAAUAAUGAAAAAUUACAUGAAAUUUCAAACAGGGCACAACUCGGCUGCUGUGGGAGCGCAGCUCACGUGGGACCGACAGUGGCUUGCAGCCAUUUCCUCAGGGCGCAAGGGGAAGAGAUCAGAGCGAUGCAAAGGGGGGAGGUUUGUAAAUCUGAAGUGGGAACUGAAGGAGCAGAGCUGUGGGCUACUGUGCUUAUGCUGUGGGUUUUGGCACCAGCUUGCUUGGGCACAUGUGGAAGACCAGGAUGAGCAACAGAGCUGGUUGCUGCGUUGCAUGGAAAUGGAUAGUGCGUUACUCGGGUUCAGAGGCUUCACUGCACCAGGGAGCAGUGGAGAUAAGACAGGGUUGGGGUUGAAAAAGCUGAAAAGAGGAGCUCGUGGCUCUGUGGCUCCAUCGCCACAACAGCUGAAGGUGUGCAAGGGCUUGCUUGUGCCAGUGCAAUUAAUUAACUGAAGUUCCAGGCUGGAAACAUGGCAUUCCCUGGGUAAAGGGCUGGCAGUGCAGUGUAAUGCCAUGGAGCCAGGUCAGGCUGUCGUGCCUCGUUUUAUAAAAACAUGUGCAUGAGCUGGAAGGGCAGGUGAAGACGACUGUCCUCAGGCUGAGCCCCUCCGCACCCUCCCCACUGCCAUCUCUGGCACAUGGGUCUCCUCUUUGCUGCUGGAGCUGUUUGGACAGGAGAUCAGGAGGGGUGAACCCAAGGAUGCGUAUGGAUCAGGGCAAAACAGCAAGCACAACCAUGUGGCAGCCCUUCUUCAUGUCCAAGAUGCAGAUAUCAACAAAUUAAAAGUCAAGCCCUCUAAUGUUACUUGCAAGCUGCUGCGCGGUGGGGAUGCCUGCCCCUGCAGCCUUCAGUGACUGUGCUGCAAAGAAAUGUACUUAAUUUCAAGCUUGAAUUUUUCUAUUUUCAACUCCUCAACUUUGGACCCCUCACUUCCCUCUGCCGGGCUGACACUCUGCCCGUAGCAGUGCUCUGAUCCCCCCGGUCAGCAAGGAGACCUUCUCUGGGGGCAGUGGAGUGGCCCACACUCCUCAUAUCCUGCACAGCCGCAUUUCCAAGCCUCAGCUCCUUUUUCAUGGUGGUGUUGCUGCUCGGGAUUUCUGUGUCCAUUUUGAUGUUUGGAGAGCUGGAGCGGACAUCAAGUUGGCUUUGCCAGUGCUGUAGAGGCACGAGCAGUGCCAUGCGUCUGUUUGGAAAUCCCUUCUGUGUGCCUCUGGCUCACGGCUCUCGGAGCCAAGGCUCUCUUUUUUUUGGCUUUUUUUCCUUAAUUCCACCCCCCUCCCCCCCAGCUUUCUAGGAGAUCCUCCACCCUGUGGUACAGCCUGUCCUCUCCGUUCCCAAGAACCUUCCUUGUAGCCUGUGGGUUGUGAUUGCUUUAUCAGGCCGUUCAGCUUGUACUGUAGCAGCGAGCAGCCUGUUCAGUAUUUUAUCAGCCACAAACGUAAGCCUUCAUCUUCUCAUCUAGACAGUUGAUUUUAAAAACUAUGAUGUGGCACUGGACCAGGAAAUGGUUGCCGGGGGUCUAGGUACGCUCCCCGUUGUUGAUGUCUCCCCAUUAAGACUUGGCUCACUGACAGACCUCAAAACGUAGCUGUUAAUGCACGUAGUUGUUAAUCUAUCGUGAGCCUUAUUAAUUCUUUAUAAUACAUGCUUUUAAUUAAAAUCCUACGUCAUUGUUGAUGGCAGUGGCAAAGGCAAAGCUCUACAGAUGCUCCUGCCCUCACCACCCAGAGCUUCCCUUUUGCCCGGGGAAGAGCUUUUCCUGCAAGAUCUGUGCUGUGUAACACAGCCCUCGGGGUGCCCUUAGCUGAACCUUCGGCUCCCCAGCCCCAGGCUGGGUAUCUCUGCCGUGUCUCUGCCCAUUGCUUGGCUCUUUGAAUUAUGCUGGCCUCCCGCCAGCCCAGUAUUUGUUAAAAAUUAACACACAUGUUUAGGAGAGCCCAUGAUUAUGUAUUCAAAACAUUGUGAAUUACCUGGGCCUGCGGCAUGAGCGUGGCUGCUCUGGGAGCUGCAGCCUCUCCUUGUGCCGCUGCUGUGCCAAAUUCCCUCCCCUCCGCGAUAGCACACGAGGUGGGGUCGCUCCUGCUGUUCCCGUUUGAGAGGAGGCAGGAGCUGGAUGGUACCUGCCUACCUCUUUCAGCUAUUUUUAUGGCAGGAAAAAGGACGGGGUAAUGCCUGGCCAGAGGGCUCGGGAUGAGCCCAUGGGGGUUCAUGGCCAUCACAGCUCUAACAGCCUCUGAAAUUCAGGUUUAUUCAGCAAUCAUCUCAGAAACUCAAGGGCAGCAAUCUGGCUGUGUGCUCCUGGCUCCAGAGAGGCAGCGUGGGCACAGCCGGAGCUGGGCUCCUUCCAGGUCCCCGCAGCACCGGCGCGAGGAAGCGCAGCGAUAUCCGACGGUGGCACGUGGGCUGGGAAAGAUUCCCCAUUUCACGCCCAGGUCUCAGGUAGGCUUCAUUGAAGGAGCUGCUGGGGAGAAAGAAAAUCCUUUGAAUGGCAAAUAUACAAGGACUAUUUGAGCUGGGUUCUUUAAAGGGUUGAAUUAAAGAUGGAAACCCCAUCCAGUUUAUUAUUUUUAAGAGGCUGUUUUCACAGUGUGCAGCCCAGUAACCAGGCAGGGCACCAGAUUCCUCAGUGACUGCUGGCCCUGAGAGCAGGUUGGGUAAAAUGUUAAGAGGCAUUGCGAAAUAUUUCCCCGACAUCACACUCAAACCAUGCUGGAUGCCAGCAGGCACCACUUAUUUCUGUGCUCUCCUCUAUUUCACAGUACAGUAACCUACCAAGAGCCGGGGCGUCUGCUCCUUGAGCGCUCUCUGCGGCUCAGCAAACCUUGCUCCCGCCUGCCAGGCUCAGCUCCCUAAGCCCCCCAAAGUGGCACCCCUCUCCCCUGCCGUGGGGUCUGCAUCCGGCCCUGGACGGGCAAUGUGCACCUGCAGCAGCGUGCUGGGAAGAGGAGGCGCUGGCUGCCCAGGUAAAACAACCACGGGAGGGAAAUCCCACUGGACUCUGCCUGCAGACGGUCUCUCAGCCCCCCGCGGACCUGCAGGCAUGGCACCCACAUUGUGCUCGCUGCGGGUGCAAGCCUGCCUUUGCAGACUGCUCUGGGAUGCUGCUGGAGAGGCAGCCACAUCAUCUGUGAUACCGGGACAGGGAGCGGGCGAGGGCGGUGUGUGGGAGGGGAGGCGUCCCCGCCACCCAGCUCCACGCAUCGGGGUCCCAGAUCAGCAGCUGAGACGUGCGCUGGCCAGCCCGGGCAGCUCUAACCUGCCAGCGUCGGGUCUGGAAAAGAUUUGGGACAAUCCUGCCCGAAUGCUUAGUCUGAUGCUAUGGCAGAAAGGACCAACGUAGCCCUUUGAGGCAGAGAAUAGGAAAAGGCAGAUUUAAUCCCUGUGUCAAAGCAUUAGGGAGGCUCACUGUGGGAUUCUGCAUCUUGAAAAGGAUUCAGGAAAAUCAGAGAGGCUGUGUAGAGCAGAAAUGCAAAAAAUGGCUUGAGGGUGGGAGGAAAAGCCUGGCAGUAAGAGAAUUAAGCGACUCGGUAUAUUUAGCUUAUCAGAAAGAUGGAGGAGAGGGGCUUUGCUUGCAGCAUAUGUGUAGUGUCACAAAGAGAAAAUGCCAGGCUCUGAAAGGCUCUUUAAUCAAGCAGAAGGCAGAACAAAAUGGUAUGUCUGCAAGCUGAAGCCAGACACAGGGAUGUGGGAUGCUGAACACGCGGGUGAGGGACUCCUGAAACAGCCCCAGAAAGGUGGGAGUCUCCAACACUUGUCUUCAAACCAAGCCUACCUCCUUUCUUGGAAAAUAAGCGUGAACCAAACAUAGCAUAUUGGAAUUAAUGCAAGGAGAUAAACCGCUGAGCGGCGUGCUGGCCAGCUGCUUGCACUCGUACAGCCGCGUGUCAGGCAGGACCAUUGCAUCGUUUCAGCUGAGGAAGACCCUGGGAAACAUGGUUCGGUCGGGCAGGCUCCAAGUGUUCACCCGCACCCGCAGCGGUAAGUGUGGCUCUUCGCUAUUGAAAACAUCUGGAGGGUGGCAGAAUUUUUCAGCCAAGUUCAGCUUGUUUUAGCUUGUUUUGUGCGGGACUGCUGACAAUGCUGUUCAACAUUUCUUAGAGCAGCCUGAGCACCAGAAAUGCAAAGUGCUGUCCACAGACUGAUCACGCUCAGAGCUCAGAACCUGUGUUUAAGAAUAAUGCGUAAUGAGUGUGUGAGGUGAAACAAGUUUGGCCAGAGAGAUAAAGACAAAAUAUGAGCAUGUUGCAGCCCAGAUUGCAUUCCCCAAGCCUGUGCAUCAGCAGAAGUCAUGUAGAAGAGCAGAUUUAAUGUGAAGAUGGGACUGUUGGUGUUUAUGCGUAACCUGCUGCUAGCCCUCUGCCUCUUUCUGGUACUGGGAUUUCUGUACUAUUCUGCUUGGAAGUUGCACCUGCUCAGAUGGGAGGAUUCAAAUUCAGUGGUUCUUUCCUUUGACUCCGUUGGACAUACAAUAGGCUCAGGAAGGAGAGAGAGAAAAACUGUGGCUAUUGUGCUUCCGCUGUCCAUCCCAUCUCACCUUGCUGCAGACCCAGGAAAAGACAGAGCCCAGAAAGAACCCAAAGAAACAAUGGCAGCUCCAGGCCCAGCCAUUCCUAAAUAUGACAAACUGGGCUUUCUCCUGAACCUGGACUCAAAAUUGCCUCCAGAAUUGGCAUCGAAGUAUGCAAAUUUCUCUGAGGGAAUGUGCAAGCCUGGUUAUGCAUCAGCGCUCAUGACUGUCAUCUUCCCAAAGUUCUCGAAGCCGGCACCAAUGUUCUUGGAUGAUUCCUUCAGGAAAUGGGCACGUAUCAGGGACUUUGUACCCCCUUUUGGAAUUAAAGGACAAGAUAAUCUGAUCAAAGCCAUCCUGUCAGCAACCAAAGAUUACCGUCUAACUCCAGCUCUUGACAGUCUCAGCUGCCGGCGAUGUAUUAUUGUGGGAAAUGGUGGAGUACUUGCAAAUAAGUCAUUGGGGUUAAAAAUUGAUGACUAUGAUGUUGUUGUCAGGCUGAACUCUGCUCCAGUGAAGGGCUUUGAAAAAGAUGUGGGUGGCAAGACAACUCUCCGGAUCACAUAUCCUGAAGGUGCAAUCCAGAAAAUGGAGCAGUAUGAGAAGGAUUCCCUGUUUGUUCUGGCGGGAUUCAAAUGGCAGGAUUUCAAGUGGCUGAAAUACAUUGUUUACAAGGAGAAAGUGAGUGCCUCUGAUGGCUUUUGGAAGUCAGUGGCAACCCGUGUCCCAAGAGAACCUCAUGAGAUACGUAUCCUGAAUCCCUACUUCAUCCAGGAGGCAGCUUUCAGCUUCAUCGGACUGCCUUUCAACAACGGCCUGAUGGGCAGAGGGUCAAACAUCCCCACCUUGGGAAGCGUAGCAAUAACCAUGGCGCUCCACAACUGUGAUGAGGUGGCGGUAGCUGGGUUUGGCUAUGACAUGAGUUCACCCAAUGCACCGCUGCACUACUAUGAGAACAUCAAGAUGUCUGCCAUCAAAGAGUCCUGGACGCACAACAUCCAGCGGGAGAAGGAGUUCCUGCGGAAGCUGGUGAAAGCCCGAGUCAUCACUGACCUAACCAGUGGGAUUUGAG